AUGGACCUUCACCGCCCCUUCAAGAUGGACAGCCCCUCCUACCUGCCAGCUCCACUGGCCUCCCCUGCCCUAAUGGUCCUCGCCUCCACUGCCGAGGCCGGCCGAGACGCGUCUGUCCCCUGCCAGGCGCCCAGGCCCUUUGGUGUCCCUGCUUCCGUAGAGAAGGACCUCCACCUCCCCUUCCCCUCAGCCUCCUACACAUUCACCUCCAUGUACCAGCGCCAGGGCCCCAUGUCAGGCACUUUUCCCUCCCGAGACUUCCCAGCCUCCCUGCUCCACCUGCACCCGCAGUUCACCCCACCAAACCUGGACUGCUCCACCCUCGGUAUGCUCAACCACAGUGGGGUGGGCGCCUUCCGACCUUUCUCCUCUCCGCAAGAGGAGAGGGAGUCGGGGGGCUACCAGUCGGCUUUCACCCCUGCCAAGAGGCUGAAAAGCUGCUUCCCAGAGGUGGAGGGGAAGGAGUUUGACUUCAGCUGCUCGGGAGGCUCCCUCAAAGCUGGGGAGGACUCAGGGAGGAAGCUGUUCUCCAUGUCUGGCCUGCUGUCGGAUGGAGAGGCCUCGUCGAGCCCGGAGGAGCGCAAAGAGCACAGCAAGGUGAAGGGUCUCUACGACGCUCAGGCCCCAAUUUGUCCAGUCUGCCAGGCCAUUCUGCGACCUGGAGAGCUGCAAGAACACAUGGAGCAGGAGUUAGCCAAACUCGCCCAGCUACAAAUCAGUGCCACUCCGGUGCAGCAUGACCACCUCAUAAGGACCCCAAAGUCUCUGUGUCUUUCUCUGCAUAUAAAGCGCGAAGGAGGUUCUCCCACCUCACCCCCUCGACCGGCUGAGGACGCCCACUCUGACCGAUACCAGACGUUUCUGCGUGUGCGGGCCAACAGACAUACGAGACUAAAUGUCGAUGACCUCUGCUGGUGCAGGUGCUACGUCAAAUCUGCCCCCUUACGCCCCCACAGCGCAGGAGCCCACCUAGACUGCACACAAGCUGUCAGGAUUGGAAAGCUGAAGAGGAGGAAACCAGAGGAGGGACAGGAGGGUUCAGCAGACUUGGCGCCAUUGGAGGACGAGUGGAAUGAGAGGAGAAGGAUACAGAUGAUGUCUGUAGUCGGAGGGUUUAAAGGUGCAAUGCUGGUGAGCACAACUUCUAAGGAGUGUCGAGACAGCGAUGCAGACCUGGACGUGGAUGGGGACGAUACUCUGGAGUACGGCAGAGCGCAAUACACAGAGACGGAUGUAAUCCCCUGCUCAGGAGAAGGCUCCAAGGAGAUCACAGUGAACAGCAGCAGCACAUUGCCUGAUUCCCGCGUAAACCUGGACUUUUCCAAAUGGUUAAAUGAUGGGAGUCCAUCUACCAGCAGUAGAGAGAAAGUGGACGUCAGCAUAUCCGCUCUGCCCAAAACCUGCAAAAAUACUGAGAUAGAGACACUCUCAGAGGACUCCACACUGACAACUCUGGAUGCACUUAAAGCUCGGAUACGGGAUUUGGAGAAACAGGUGUCUAAAGGAGACAGAUUUAAAUGCCUCAUCUGCAUGGACACGUACACAACUCCGCUCACCUCGAUCCAGUGCUGGCAUGUUCACUGUGAGGAGUGUUGGCUUCGUACGCUGGGAGCAAAGAAGUUGUGUCCUCAGUGCAACACCAUCACCUCACCUGGAGACCUGAGGCGGGUUUACCUGUGACAGUGUAGGGGCUUCUUCUGUUUAAGCCAACCGGG